UUGAGGGUUUAAUAAAAUCAUUGUCAGCGUUUCACCUCCACACCUAUGGACCUUUCCGAUGGUGACCUUAAGCUCCGCCCCCUCCGCCAUGUCCCACCUGCUUUCAAAAUGGCAAUUGAACAGAACAACGAUUGAAGUUUCUGUCGCGUAUUCCAGACAAUAUUUUGCCAAAUGCGUCGGACUCGUCCAAGAGAGUUCUAAAGAGAAGUCUCAACUAUUUCACGCAAGGAUAUGUACAAGGUUUUGGACGGACCAGGACGCGAUGUCAGAGUUACGGCGAAAUGUUGGCGAUCGGUGCAAAAAAAGUUUGACGCUUCACGAACUUCAUAUUGAAAUCCGACAUGAUAAAAUGCUGGAAUCGUACUGCGCAUGUAAAGCAGGGCAGAGCUGCCAGUUGUGGGGGUUGGAAGGACGUCCUGAUGAGGCAAGGAGGAAGGCAGAAACCGCAGACAUCAGCGAUGUUGCAGUUGGAGUGAAGAGAGGAUCAGAUGAGCUGCGUAUGUACAACAGUCCCAACUCUGGCAUGAGCAGUAUGAGUGAUGGGAGUUCCAGUGGCAGUGAAAGUAAAAAGCUGAGGGUAGAGGAGGCCCCACCGUCUCGUGUGCUCCACAUCAGGAAGCUGCCCAACGAGGCUUCGGAGACAGAAAUUAUUGCUCUUGGCUUACCAUUUGGAAAAGUCACCAAUAUCCUGACACUUAAGGGAAAGAAUCAAGCGUUUUUGGAAAUGGGUACAGAAGAUGCUGCCAUCACGUUGGUGAACUACUACACCACUGUAGUUCCUCAUAUUCGUAAUGUCCCUGUUUUUAUACAAUACUCAAAUCACAAGGAGCUCAAAACCGACGCCGGCAAUCAGCGUACACAGGCGGUGCUGCAGGCGGUUUCGGCGGUUCAGUCUGGUGGGUCACCCGCCUCAGAUGUACAGGAAAUACUUGCCACCGCCUCUAGUCCAGUGCUGCGCAUCAUCAUCGACAAUAUGUUCUACCCUGUCACACUGGAUGUGCUCCAACAGAUUUUUUCCAAGUUCGGCACCGUCAUGAAGAUUAUCACUUUUACAAAGAACAACCAGUUCCAGGCUCUUUUGCAGUUUAGUGAACCUGUCAAUGCACAGCAGGCCAAACUGGCACUCGAUGGUCAGAAUAUCUACAAUGCGUGCUGCACACUGCGGAUUGACUUCUCCAAGCUGGUCAAUUUAAACGUUAAGUAUAACAACGAUAAGAGUCGCGACUACACACGGCCAGAGCUGCCAGCUGGCGACGGCCAGCCCACCAUGGACCCUGCUGUGGCUGUUGCUCUUAGCAAAGACAACUCCCUCCUUGGUAAGAUUCCAGGAGCUUUGAACCCACUCAGCGCAGCGGCGGUAGCUGCUGCAGCUGCAGGAAGGGUGGCACUAGCUGGGCAGGCAGGGUCCAGCGGGGUGCUGUUGGUCAGCAAUCUGAACGAAGAGAUGGUUACGCCCCAAAGUCUGUUUACCCUCUUCGGAGUCUAUGGUGAUGUCCAGAGGGUGAAAAUUCUUUACAAUAAGAAAGACAGCGCUCUCAUUCAGAUGUCAGACGCCAACCAGGCUCAGUUAGCCAUGAGCCACUUGAAUGGCCAAAAGAUGUACGGGAAAAUUAUUCGGGCAACGCUGUCCAAACACCAGACGGUUGCACUGCCUCGUGAUGGCCUGGACGACCAGGGCCUGACCAAGGACUAUGCCAACUCUCCGCUUCAUCGCUUCAAGAAACCCGGAUCCAAGAAUUUCCAGAACAUUUUCCCGCCAUCUGCCACUCUCCACCUUUCCAACAUCCCGCAAGAUGUGUCAGAGGAUGACCUGCGAUUGCUUUUCUCCAACGCCGGAGGCACUGUGAAAGCAUUUAAGUUUUUCCAGGAUCGUAAAAUGGCCUUGAUCCAGAUGUCCACAGUGGAAGAGUCGGUCCAAGCCUUGAUUGACCUUCACAACUACAACAUGGGAUGCAACCAGCACCUAAAAGUUUCCUUCUCCAAGUCCACCAUUUAACAAUGUGACUUAAGAACCGUCAUUUCUGUGGGUCGCCAGAACCAGAAGUCAUUUGAGGGUAACGUGGCCUUCAUCCUGUUCUUGGAAAAACUGGGGAAAUUGCAGUCGACCGUCGUUGGUCGGCUGUUCUCAGUGUAUCUGGCAAAUAUUGACAUUGAUUGUCAUCCGUAUGGUAGUUUGAUGUAGAACAGCAUUUAUUCCUUAAUUGAGACCGAAAUGUACAUGUGCCUUAUUUGAUAUCUGCUGUCCACAGCGCACCCCCCCCCCCCCCCAUCUGCUUUUUAAUCUCAUGGAUGUACCGCAAAACAGUGUCGUAUCUAAUAGACGUGCGUUCAUCGAGCAUUGGUACCAGUCAGCAUUUUUUUCCCCCACUUUGGAUUGUAUAUUUUCCAUAUUGAGUCAUACUUGGGUAACAAUAUUCCUGAAAGUUACUUAAACUGAACUCCACAACCAACAGGGGAAUUUGGCCGGGUUUGAGAUUGUUUUUCCGCAAUUGUGCCCAGUGACGUAAAAUUACUUCGACCACCCCCACGUCAGUACUGCAAAAUAGAAUUGAUGAAAUUAAAAUAUAUUCUGUCCGUUAGAAUUCCUCCCCCCCAAGUAUAUUCAGUUCUUGCUGUCAGUGAUCUAUCAGAAUGUGGCUUGUAGUUUCUGUUUUUUUUUUUCUUUCUGUGGCUUAUUAUUAAACAAUUGCUGUCCUUUCCAUAGGAGAUCCACGUAAUUGUCAAUAUUUGGUUUUGAAAAGAUUAUUACAAAACAGGUUACUUGAGACUUCUACUCAGUUGGACCAAAGUUUCUGUGCCUUAAGUAUUCCUGUAAUAAUUAAAAGAAAACAACUUUGUAUUUGCAGAAAAUUGUCCUUAGUUUCGGGGCAUUCCUAAAUUUCCUCUGAUUAUUUGUAGGAUCAAAACAACUAUUGUCUGAAAUGAGACGUUUAAAAAAUGUGACUAUUUUUGCUUCAGAUUUUUUUGUUCCUCAUAUUGUAGUGGUCUGUCUUGAGUAAAACAUUGUUUUCUUAUUUGGAAGUUUUUUUUGAGUGUAGAUUUAUUUGUAGUUCUGCAUUUCUUCUGUAGCAUGCUCAAUAAAACUUUUUUCUUUAA